GGCCGGGAACCCAAUCCAUAUGAACACCCUCUCUGUAGUGCUGUAAUAGUGCAGAGAAGAGACACUGGUACAGAAACAGAGAGUUUUGCGCGCUGACAUUAUUUUGCAUUUGUGUUUGCUGAGGCUUCAGACGGAUUCGGGAAAAGAUCUGGACUUUUCUUCUGAACAGAAAACUUGUGCUGCCUUUUAAAAACCUGGACAUUUCAGACUGGACUCUCGGACUGAACAGUAAAAGAAGGAGCCAAGUUUUUAUUAUCAUUAUUGUUACUGCUAUUAGUUAUUAGAAACACUACAGACUGACUCAGUUGAAGGUAAGACAAAAAGCCUCAAAAUCUUCAUCAAGCCUCUUAUGUCCACAAAAAUGGAGCAGCCUUUUUACCAUGACGACUCUUUUCUGUUGGGUUACGGCCAUGCGGACGUCGCGCUUCACGGAUACAAGCUCCAGAAGCAACAUCAGCAGCAGCAGCCCAUGAGCCUGAGCAACCUGAGUGAGCAGUACCGAAGCCUCAAGUCCGACGCGCUAUACCACGCGUCUCAGGCGGACGUUGGCUCUCUGAAGCUGGCAUCUCCAGAACUGGAGAGGCUGAUCAUUCAGAACAGCAACGGCGUGCUGACCAGCCCCACACCACCGGGCCAGUAUCCAUUCGGUCACCGCUCGAUCACAGACGAGCAGGAGGGCUUCGCCGAGGGCUUCGUGAAGGCGCUGGACGAGCUGCACAAGAUGAACCAGCCCCCGCCCAACGUGUCGAUCGGAGCGGGAGGGGUGACGACGUGCUCGGUGGCGGCUCCCACAGCGUUCGGCUCCGCCCUACAGCCAGAAGCUCCAGUCUACACCACGCUAAACCCUUACUGCCCGAGCCUCGUCUCGUCCACUACAGCCACCUCUAGCUAUCCUUCAGCCACCAUUAGCUACCUGCCCCCGUCGCACGCAGACGCUUCCGCGCACGCAUACCAGAACCCUCUGGCUGGAGGUGUCCAUCCCUCACAGCGCUUCGUGUCUCUUAAAGAGGAGCCGCAGACGGUGCCGGACAUGCACAGCAGCGACGGCACGCCGCCCGUCUCUCCCAUCGACAUGGAGAGUCAGGAGCGCAUCAAGGCUGAGCGCAAGCGCCUGAGGAACCGACUCGCCGCCACCAAAUGCCGCCGGCGCAAGCUGGAGCGCAUCGCGCGUCUCGAGGACCGCGUCAAGGUGCUGAAGACAGACAACGCGGGCCUGUCGAGCACCGCGACGCUCCUACGCGAACAAGUGGCGCAACUCAAGCAGAAGGUCCUGCGGCACGUCAGCAGCGGCUGUCAGCUCAUGUUGACCAGCAAGAUGGAGGCUUUCUGAAAGAAGAAAAGCACACACACACACCCCUACACACACCUUUAUUCACUAAUACUCAAAACACUGGAAAGAUUGUCAGUGGACUUUCAUUCACGUCCGUGACGUCUGAACGCAAAUGAAUGGACGUUAUGACAUUCUGCUGAGCUUCAAGACGCACUGAUAAAAACAACGGUACUUCCGUUUGCGGUGUUGCCGGAGACACCGUUCACUAGAUCGCCGUGGAGUUCGCGCUAUGACGCGCUUGAGAAACACGUGAACUGUACAAUGAGCCAAGUAGGCAGCACAGACUGAGUGAACAGGCCAGUAAACGCCUACUUCAUACAAAUAACGUCGCUUUUAAUGUUAUGGUCAAAGGGAGAUUUGUAAGUUUAGUAGCCUAUGACGUCAUCUGAUACUAUGUCAUUUCUAAAUGUGUAAAUUAUUUUUGUUGUUUUUUUUUUUUUGUUUUUUUUUCAGUCGGGUUGAUCCUGACUUAACAAUAUUAACUAUGUCUCAUGUUUACAAUGUCUUUUUUUAUUUGUUGUUUAUUUAAGUAAAGCACAUUGAAAUAUA